AUGGAAUGUGUAAAAUAUAAUGGUGUCACUGGAUCGACCAAUAUCAAAAUGGAAAUGAUUGUUCUAUAUCCUUUACAGUCUGUGAGAUUCAAGUAUCUAGGCUCAUCAGGAAUUAAUAUUAAAGUAACAAAUAAUUAUCUUAUCUCAGGGUUCAUCAAAUUUUCUGAUUCUAAUAAAAUGCUAAUAGAAGCCACAGAUAUUGAUUAUCAAAAAUCUUCAAUUUAUAAUUUUACUGUGUCUGAAAUUUUAUCUGAUAAAUUACAAAAAACUCGUUCAAUUAUCGAUAUUAUUGCCGAUGAUUCUGAAUCCAUGCAGAAAUUAAUCCAACUUUUGAAAAAAAAUAACUUGAAUUUAGAAGCAAAGAAUGACAAUAAAGAACAGAAAAGCGAUCAUGAAGAAGAAAACGAAAUACUUUCCAACAAAAAUAUAAAGGCAAUGGAUGAAAAUGAAGAAGAUCAGCCUAAAAAGAGAAAAUGA